AUGGAAAUUGAACAGACGCCCACCAGCGCAUCGGACACAAACUCCACAUGUGAGUACAUGGACGCCGAGGGUGAACCCUGACAACGAAACGGAGCUCAGCGCUGGGAGCUCUACCAGGAGGCGGAACAUGCCGAGACUGAACAGCUUGGUCACAGUAUUAUCUCGGAGCUGCGCGAUGAGCUAGGCACGCAUGCAAGCAAAUGUGACGGCGCGCUUAGCCCAAAUGCGAGCGCAGCUACGGGACAGUCAAAGGACUUAGCCGCCUCCGUAGAGUCACUGGCGCUGAGCACUUCGACUAGCGCCAAAACCGAAGACAGUGGCAGUGCCAACGCAUUAGAUGAUGAUCAAUAUGACUAUCAGCAUGACAGCGUGUGGCGAGGCCAAAAGAAGCAUAUUUUUAUACUAAGCGAGGCGGGUAAACCCAUUUACUCGCUGCAUGGCAAUGAGGAUAAGUUGGUGACCUUGUUUGGCGUAAUACAGGCGCUGGUAAGCUUUGUGCAGAUGGGCCAGGAUGCAAUUACCUCCAUACAUGCAGGCGGCAUUAAGUUUGCCUUCAUGCAACGAAACUCAUUGAUAUUGGUGGCUGCCACACGUACCAACAUGAGCAUACAACAACUACAGCUGCAACUCAGCGAUGUUUACUAUCAAAUUCUGUCAACGCUUACCUACUCCCACAUGUCAAAGAUCUUUGAGAAGCGUAAGAAUUUUGACUUACGUCGUUUAUUAUCCGGCAGUGAACGUCUAAUCUACAACUUGCUGGCCAAUGACAGCAGUAAUGCUAGAGUAUCCAACAACAUUUUCACAUUUCUUACCAACUCUAUACGAGUCUUCCCGCUGCCCAUGGUCGUGCGUUCUACUAUUGUCAACACCAUACAAAGCAACUGUUCGAAGAUCAAGAAUCUUGUCUUUGCCGUGUUGAUAGCCAACAAUAAGCUUAUUGCUUUGGUGCGCAUGAAGAAAUACUCCAUACAUCCAGCGGACUUACGUUUGAUUUUCAAUCUUAUCGAAUGCACUGAGUCAUUCAAGAGCUCGGAAAACUGGACGCCCAUUUGCCUCCCCAAGUUCGAUAUGAAUGGUUAUUUGCAUGCGCAUGUUUCCUAUUUAAGCGAUGAUUGUCAGGCAUGUUUGUUGCUAAUGUCUGUGGACCGUGAUGCCUUUCACACACUAUCCGAGGCCAAAGAGCGCAUAACAGAGAAGCUGCGAAAAAGCCAAUGCCUAAAGGCAAUUAAUGAUGAACUGGAGCAACCAUUCAAUGUUAAACUAUAUCAGCAGGUGCUUGGCGUGCCCGAGCUGCGACACUUUCUGUACAAGCCCAGAGCUACAGCUCAAUUGCUCUGUCCUAUGCUGAGGCAUCCAUACAAGUCACUUCCCGAGUUUGAGAGACUGGAAGCCAUCUAUUGCAGUUUACUGCAUCGCAUACACAACAGCUCUCGACCGCUGAAACUCAUUUAUGAGGUCAAGGAGCGUGAAGUGGUGCUGGCUUGGGUUACGGCCACCUAUGAGCUGUAUGCUGUUUUCGAGUCGAUUGUUGACAAAGCAACAGUCAUCAAGUAUGUGGAUAAGCUUAUCAAGUGGAUUGAAAAGGAAUACGAUGUAUACUUUAUACGUAAUCAUGCAACGUUCUAAACCAUUUAAUUAUGUGCUCCGUAUGCAUAUGUUGUUGGCCCGCAUUUGUAUAGCUCUAGCUCUAAUUAUGACGCAUGUAAUUAUAUUUUUAUAUAUAUUUUA